UCCGUCCGAAUGUUAUUGUUUUGCAUUGGUUCGAAAACUAUAGUAAAUUGCAUUCCAUAAAUUUGUGAAAAACCCCUUGUUUUUAGGGCUAAUGCCAUUCCGAUUAGCCUUAUCAAGAUGACCAUCUUCAAUCUGUACAUAUUCGACAAGUUCGGAACACUGCUCCACUACGCAGAAUGGAAUCGCACCAAGAAAUCGGGAAUCACCCGCGAGGAAGAAGCCAAACUCACCUAUGGAAUGCUCUUCUCCAUAAAGUCCUUUGUGAGCAAGAUAUCGCCACAUGAUCCGAGGGAAGGAUUCCUUUACUAUAAGACCAACCGCUACGCCCUCCAUUAUCUGGAAACUCCCUCUGGUCUAAAAUUCGUUCUCAACACGGAUACCACAGCCAUCAAUGUGAAGGAGCUCCUACAGCAACUGUACGCCAAGGUGUGGGUGGAGUUCGUGGUGCGGGAUCCACUGUGGACCCCAGGCACAGUGGUCACCUCCGAGCUGUUCCAGUCCAAGCUCGAUGAGUUCGUCAAGCAGUCACCCAUCUUUGGCAUCCGCAAUAUCUAAGCAAAUAAAUAGCUUUAAGCUCGAAUUCCCAUUACCAAGAUAUGCAAAUUCCACCUCUGAAA